UUGUUUACAUGGUUGAUCAAAACAAACCGAGCGUUCAGGACAUUGCGGAGCUGUGCUUCCAAAAGUUCGAAUCCUUGCCGAAAACAGGAAAGCCCACUGCCAAACAAUGGACGAUUUUGGCGGGAAUUGUGGAGUUCAACCGACGAACGGAGGACAGUCAACUGGUGGCCCUUGGAUGCGGAACAAAAUGCAUAGGAGAGUCCAAACUUUGCGCCAAAGGUUACGUCCUGAAUGAUUCCCAUGCCGAGAUACUGGCACGUCGCGCUUUCCUCCGUUUCCUAUACCAGGAGCUAAAGCAGGAGAGGAUCUUCCAUUGGAACAGUGAGCAAAGUAGCUACGAUUUGGAUGAGCACGUGGAGUUCCACUUUUUGAGCACUCAGACGCCCUGCGGAGAUGCCUGCAUCCUGGAUGGAGGAGAUCCUGAUAAACAGGCGAAACGUCAGCGACUGGAUGAGGAAACCGAGGUUGUCUAUACGGGAGCCAAGUUGAUAGGUCAACUGAAUGAUGAUCCCAUGCAGCAGACGCCCGGUUUGCUGCGAACCAAGCCAGGACGUGGCGAACGCACUUUAUCCAUGUCCUGCAGCGAUAAGAUAGCCCGUUGGAAUGUGCUAGGUGUGCAGGGAGCACUGCUGGACUCCCUGAUCUCCAAACCCAUUUACUUUAGCAGUCUGAACUUCUGCUGUGCCGAUGCCCAGUUGGAAUCGCUGGAAAGAGCCAUCUUUAAACGUUGGAAAGGCAAAUCCUUCGAGCAUCCACGGUUUCAGCCUCAAAAACCAGAGAUACGCAUAGAUUCUAGUAUUAAAUUUGAGUUUUCGCAGCGAUCCGACUGGCAGCCAUCGCCAAAUGGCCUGGUUUGGUCGAAACUGCCAGAGGAUUUUAGGCCCUAUGAAAUUUCUGUUAAUGGAAAGCGCCAAGGAGUGACUAAGAAAAAGGUGGACACUCCUCAAGCUGCCUUGGCAGUCAGCAAAUACAAGCUGUUCCUCAGUUUUCUGGAAUUGCAUAGAUCUAAUCCAAAGCUAAGCGAAAAGUUUGAUAAGAACCUUUCCGAUCUUGAGCUUAUUACAUAUGCUUCUUGUAAAGAUUUGUCCAGAGAUUAUCAGUUGGCAUGGCGUCAAGUAAAGGAUAAAUACUUCCUUCAAUGGAUCAAAAAGCCACAAGAAUUGCUAGAAUUUACUCCAAAACCUAAUGAAUGA